UACUGACUGGUCCAUCCUGUGGGGAGAGUCUUUAACAAACCGAGGACUUCAGCUUGCUUAUAGGUUGGAGUAACCUCGACUAUUACGCGCGGCUCUGUUUUCUUAUUGGAAAUAACAGUGAGUGACUUUCCCCCUUGUGAUGAUGGCUUUCACUAUGCUGAGGCCGGUGUCCACACAUCCCUUCUCCUACCCCGCUGACCUGACCUUGAUAUCCGACGACGAGGAGGGGAACCGCAGCGAGAGCGACGGCAGCACCGACCAGAGCUACGGCUGCUGCGGGACUCCGGCGGAGGGUUACCGGCUGGAGUCCGGCGUCGUGGUGCCGCACAGGAACGCCGCGAACGCCCGGGAGAGAUACCGGACCCAGAACGUGAACACGGCCUUCACGGCUCUGCGGACACUCAUCCCCACGGAGCCGGUGGACAGAAAACUCUCCAAAAUCGAGACGCUGCGCCUGGCGUCCAGCUACAUCGCGCACUUGGCGAACGUGCUGGUGGUCGGGGACGGGAGGGAGGACGGCCAGCCGUGCCUCACUGCGGUCUACAAGGAGGUGAAGGGGCGUAAAGAAGGCAAGAAGCCCCGGACUAUCUGCACAUUCUGCCUCAGCAACCAACGGAAAGGGGGGAGACACAGUUCACAUGACAGGCGAGAUUGUCCCAAAAUGCAUGGGAGCGGUGCGAGACAGAUAAGCCGGCGAUGAAACUGUGACUCGGAGUGGGAUGAGCUCUACUCUUCAAAGCAGACCUCCAUCGAUCAUUCCCCGACUCAAGGAGCAUCUCUGCACCAUGACAGACUUUUACGAGUGCUCGGAUGUUUUCAGGGAGCUUGGCUCAUCGGUCCCUUUAACCUGCAGCAAGACCUAAGAGGAGGACUGGCACAAAAUCUCACCAGCAUGACACCAGCACGUACAGUUACAACGCUCUAAGUGAAGAAGAAGGGAAUGUUGUAAAAAUUAGAAAAUUAUAACCUUUUUCUGCCUUUAUCUCAUUGGAUAAGAAUUUAGGCAUUUUAUUUUUUAAACAGGAAGUAAGUAGUAUCGUUUUGGAUCAUGCUAUAAACUUAGCUUAACAACACAACCAGUACUCCAAAUGCAAGGAAGGAUAUCUUCAUGUUUCAAUACAUGAACUGACAGAAGAUAAUAACUUCAUCUAUAAAGAUCAAAGAUUGUUUUAAAUCAAAUAUGUCUUUAUUACACACGAGUCAAUCUCUUUGGUUUCAUCUAUAAAGUUACAGUUAAAUCCUAUCAUUUGAAAAUGGCCGAGAUUGCUUGAAAGUUAGCAUGACUUCUUGAUAAAAGCUUCUGUCAGAGACACAGAGCUGCUUUGGUGGCUCACACGCUUAGCUGAGUAAGAACCUGAUGAGGUUAACUCGCCCAAAGUUUGCAUUGUUUUGUGAUAAUGUCAAAGGUCCUCAUUGUCAUCAAAUGGUUUUACACAAUGUCGACCGUGCCUGGCAUCCACUGAGGAAAAGCUGUUGCAUUGUCAGAAUAACGAGCGAUAUUCCUUGGAAAAAAAUCUGAAGACUGUAUGUGUGGAGAGGUGUGAUGUUUCCUCUGCCGUCACUGCAUGUGAAUGGUUCCUAAAGAGGGGGGUGCAAAUGAUGUCUAGAGAUAAUUAAUUGUGAAACCCACAGAAGAGAAGAAACAGAGAUCUUUGAGAUUGUCACUUAGGAAGAUUUUGUAAGCGUGCUUCACAAUCAGACUGUGCGGAGCAGCUUCAGGAACGAUAUGUGAGAGAGGACAGACCACUACUCGAGCUGCUGUGAGCAACAGGAGCUAUC